AGCUUGUUUUUGUUGUCUAUCGCGCGCCGUCCGCUUUGUGCUCUUUCGCUUCUGUUUUGCGCUUCUGCUUCUUGUUCUUUCCCCAGUUUUUUUUGCGCGCAUGUGGAUUCAUUUUAUUGGUGCUCAAGUAUCGCAUGAUAAUCUCACGCUACGUCCCUCGUAAUUGUUGUUGUAAUCGCCGUUGUUCUGCUCGCGGAGCUUUUGUUGUUGUGCUUUUCCGCCUCAGACACCACACACACGCACUCACACUCACCGCCAGCUUGCCGAAUAUUGAAGCCAUUUUCCCAGCAAAUCAAAUUCAAUUUAGAAAACUAUCAACUAGCCCGCAUAAUCCGCUUGCAAGCCAACCGCUUAAAUGUCACAACACUCGAAAAAGGACGGCAGCAGUAGCGGAAGCGGUAACGGCAGCGGUAGCCAUGCCGGCAACAACAAGAGCCACAAGCGGCAGGCGGCCAACGGCAGUCUGAAGGCACAGUCAACCUCCCACUCCCACAGCCAAACGCCCUCGAAAUCGCCCAGCGGCAGUAGUAAUAGCAACAGUAGCAGCAGCAGCAGAAGCCUCAGCGGGAGCAGCAUGCAGGCUCCUCCUCCGACGAAGAAGAACCAAAAAGACAAGCAGCGCGAAAGGGAGCGCGCGGAACGCAGCCAGCUGGUCCUCUGGCGACGUCCCCUGCAGACCACCAAGUACUGCGGCCUCGAGCUGGCCGCCUUGCUGCGCACGUGGAGCACCAGACUGCUGCAGCAGCGACUCCUGCUGGCCGCCCUGAUAGUAUUAGGCAUCGUAUUUAGCGUAAUUUACAAAAUAGACGGCCCCCACCAGUUGGCCAUUGAGUUUGUGCGCCGGAACACCUGGUUCUUCGUCUACUGGCUCGGCCUGGGCGUCCUGUCGUCGGUGGGCCUGGGCACCGGGCUGCACACCUUCCUGCUCUACUUGGGCCCGCACAUAGCCAGCGUCACGCUGGCCGCCUACGAGUGCAACUCCCUGCGCUUCCCGCAGCCACCGUAUCCAGAUGACAUCAUCUGUCCCGAGGAGCCGUACGACAAGCGGGUGCCGAACAUCUGGUCCAUCAUGUCCAAGGUGCGCAUGGAGGCCUUCCUCUGGGGCGCCGGCACAGCGCUGGGCGAGCUGCCGCCUUACUUCAUGGCCAAGGCGGCGAGGUUGUCGGGCUACGAUCCCGAGGACGCCGAGGAGCUGGCCGAGUUCGAGGCUCUCAACGCGAAGCGCCACCAAAAGAACCUCAGUCUCAUGGACAAGGGCAAGCUCUUCAUGGAGCGCGUCGUGGAGCGCGUCGGAUUCUUCGGCAUCCUGGCCUGUGCAAGCAUUCCCAAUCCCCUGUUCGAUCUGGCCGGAAUAACCUGCGGCCACUUCCUGGUGCCAUUCUGGACGUUCUUCGGGGCCACGCUGAUCGGCAAGGCGGUGAUCAAGAUGCACAUCCAGAAGAUCUUCGUGAUCAUCGCCUUUAAUGAGACGCUGAUCGAGCGGGCCGUCGAUCUGUUGGCCUCGCUGCCGCUGCUCGGCCACAAGCUGCAGGAGCCGUUCAAGUCCUUCCUGAAGAACCAGAAGCAGCGUCUGCAUCGCCAGCAGCGUGGAUCCGGUGGCUCGGCAUCCGGAGCGGGCGAUUCGGGCAAUCUGCUGUCCAGGAUCUUCGAGACGUUCGUCAUCGGAAUGGUGUGCUACUUCGUGGUGUCCAUCGUUAACUCCCUGGCCCAGAGCUACCACAAGCGGCUGCACAAAAAGCCGGCGACGGGGGCUGCGACCACGCCCACUCGCCUGGCGGCGGGGGCGGCGCCGAGCAAGAAGGCGGGAAAGCAGAAAGCUUUACGGGACUAGAGAAUCGGUGGAAGUGUUUUUCUGUUGAUCGUUGCCCCCCAAAAACCCAAAAUCAUACCCCUCUUUCGUUUAAAUUAUUUUGUUUAUUGCGGCCUUCGCUCUUAGUCAAAUUAUAAACUGUAUGUGAGUGUGACCGCGAGAGGAGGAGACGGCCGGAAAGCCAGAGGAAUUUACCUUGUAGACUAGAUUAGGAAAAACAGAAGAGUAACGCAGCAGAUGCAGUAGCAGCAGCCACAACAAUAGCCAGAGCAGAAUAUAUUUUAGUAAUGUACAAGAAGAAAACCCUAGCAAUUUUCCGCGCGAGUAUCGUUUCGAUGUAGCGAAAGUGAGAGGGACGCCGCUAGUCGCUAGUCGCGCCUAAUGAAAAGCAAAUUGUGCAAAAGUUGUGCAAAAGACAAACAAGCCAGAGCAAACAGAGAGCCCGAAAUAAAAAUAAAAUUUAGCCAGGAGCGAGUGGAAAGUAUAGGAAAGAUUUAAAAAGUGCUGAAAAAUAAAUGAAAUAUGGAUAUACAAAUUAAAGCCGGACGUAUGCCUCAAUUUAGGUGGGAUUUCAGUUGGGCGAAAAUGAUUACUCCCAGCAUAAGCCUGGCUUAAUUAAAGAUUAACUGCUGAAAAAUAAUAAACGAUAUAUGGAUACAGAAACAAAAGCCUGCAAAUGUAUGUACGUAUCAGUUUACAAGGAACUGAAGUGGUUUAGCUGGAAAGGCAGUCGAUUAACACGAGGAUGAGUAAGCUGUCCUCGCGAUUUCCGGCUAAACCCAAUAAUUAAUACAAAGAAAACAUUAAACUGAAUAUAGCGUGGGAGGAAACAGAUGAAAUAACUAAGUGCAAAUUAAUAAAUAAAUAAUGGAAAUACAAA